AUGGCUGCCAAUUCAAAUCUCGAGCGCGAAGAUCACUCCCGCGAUGCAGCCUUCAACAAGGCCAUGCACGGCAAGUCUGCCCAGACUCGUGGCGGGAUUGCAGCAAUGUUUUCCAAGGGUGGCGAGGCCAAGAAGGCGGCUGUUGACGAGUACUUUAAGCACUGGGACAACAAGCCUGCCGAGAACGAGACUGCCGAGGAACGCGCUGCUAGAACUGCCGAGUACGCUACCUUGACGAGACACUACUACAAUCUCGCUACUGAUCUGUACGAAUACGGCUGGGGCCAGUCUUUCCAUUUCUGCCGCUUCUCCCUUGGCGAGCCCUUCUACCAGGCCAUUGCCCGACACGAGCACUACCUCGCCCACAGCAUUGGUAUCAAGGAGGGAAUGAAAGUCCUUGACGUUGGUUGCGGUGUUGGGGGCCCGGCCCGCGAGAUUGCCAAGUUCACUGGCGCUCAUAUCACUGGUCUGAACAACAACGACUACCAGAUUGACCGUGCUACCCACUACGCUCAGAAGGAGGGUCUGUCCAACCAGCUGGAUUUCGUCAAGGGUGACUUUAUGCAAAUGUCCUUUGAGGAGAACACUUUUGACGUCGUCUAUGCCAUCGAGGCUACGGUCCACGCCCCUACCCUCGAGGGUAUCUACAGCCAGAUUUUCCGCGUCCUCAAACCCGGCGGUAUCUUUGGUGUUUACGAGUGGCUCAUGACGGAUAAGUACGACAACGACAACCUCCACCAUCGCGAAAUUCGCCUAGGAAUCGAGCAGGGUGACGGCAUCUCCAACAUGUGCAAGGUGUCUGAAGCCCUGGAGGCCAUGAAGGCGGCCGGUUACGAACUCCUACGUGCUGAGGAUCUAGCCGACCGCCCUGACCCUCUCCCCUGGUACUGGCCCCUGUCUGGUGAGCUGCGUUACAUCCAGACGAUUGGAGACAUCUUCACCAUUGUCCGCAUGACGACGUGGGGCCGCACCAUUGCCCACAACGUGGCUGGUCUUCUGGAGACUCUGCGUCUGGCUCCUGCGGGCACCAAGAAGACUGCAGACAGUCUGGCUCUUGCUGCUGACUGCCUGGUCGCCGGUGGCCGUGAGAAGCUGUUCACGCCCAUGUACCUCAUGGUUGGACGCAAGCCUGCCGAGUGA